ACACUUUAUUUGCAAUCAUUUGGUUUAAUAUUUGACGAUUAAUUAAAUUUGAAUAAAAGUCGAUUAAUCCUUUUUGAUAAUAUUAACGCACGUUAGACGAGAUAUUUUGUAAUUAUUUUUUGAAUGAGAAUGUUAAUUAUUAGUAAUGAUAAUGAAUUACUGAUGAUACGAGGUGUAUACUGUUAGGCUGAUCGUUCCGCACUGCACCACUUUCCUAGUGUACUCCUUUUAGGGGUUGCGCAGGUCAGAUGCCCUAUACCACCUAUGUGUGUUGUGUGUCGCACCUGUCAGUUCGUUUUCCAAACCCUCUGACAGUUUGAUUUCUACAAUUUUCUCGAGUCGACACGCUCUCGCUCUCUCUCUCUCUCUCUCUUUUUUCUUUUCUCUUCUUCUUUUUUUUUCUUUCUCAAAUUGGUUAAUAAACUACUGACAUCUUGAUCUUUAGAGGAGAUGCUGACUGCUUCAUUAUGCAUUUUGUCGGUCCUAUGGGCCCAAAAAACAAUGGCAAGCGUGCUUGUUGCUGAUACAACAAUGUCCAGAAUGGUAGAGUUAAAUGCUGGCGAACCAAUUUGUUCACUUUACAAUGAUAGAGGUGUAAUCCAAAGAAUGAUACUCGGUGCUGAUCCGAAGAAAGUUCGGCAAAUGCCAAGCAAUCUCGUUGCUGAUCUUGAAGAAACUUGUUUGGCUUCUAAAGUAAACAAUCGAACACCUGCAGGUGGAUUGAUAUAUCCUGGAACAAAAUGGUGUGGACCUGGAAACGUGGCAAGUUCUUACGAUGAUUUAGGUCAACAUGCAGCAGAAGAUGCAUGCUGCAGGGAACACGAUCAUUGUCCAAUAGCAAUGUCCUCUCAACAAUGUAUUCAUGGUAUAUGUAACAAUUCACCUUUCACACGUUCGCAUUGCGACUGCGAUGCCAAGUUUCGAAGAUGUUUGCAAAAUCUUAAUACCGAGGUUGCCAAUACUAUCGGUGCCCUUUUCUUCAAUGUUAUACAAGUAACUUGUUUCAAAGAGAGACGGCCAUGUUCCCAAUGGCAAAGGAAUGGUUACGACGAAGCAGUGUCAAAUAGAUUGUGUUCGCAGUAUAAGUUUCGGCCAAGUGAAAAAUACGUGCCAUUAAUGCCAUUGAAUAUGAAUAUAUGAAUUCGGAAACAGCAAAAGGACAGCCCAGGUGGUAGUUAAAAUAAAAAAUAAAAAAGAAAAAACAAAAGAAGAAGAUCGCUCAAAAUACCUAAACUACUCAAACUACCACGAUAAGAAAUACGUGAUAAUUUUCUCGCGUUUUAUUUCACAUUAAAUAGUUGUCCUUUUUGCUUAUCGGAAUUCUAUGAAGUGUUAUGAUGGUGUGGACUAAUUUCGAAUCCAAUCGAAUACCCAAGACUC